CUGGUAUACCAGUUCGAGACUCAAACCGGCCAGCCACUAGAGAGCCAGACUUGUAAAGGAAGAGGGCUUUUAGGAUAUAUCGAUUCCAUGAAGUAUAAUCAGGUCGUCAAGAUCAUAUCAGAGGAACCAGUACCGAGAAACAAUAGGGAUCCGUAUCAAGAUUGGACGCUUGAGUGCGUGAUAGCUCUUGAGGCUGAGGAGUUACUCCCUUCUGAUACCUCGGUUUGA